AUGAUACGACAGAAAUACCCGCCAUCUCGGAAGCCCUCCGGACGCCCUUCGUACACAGGAUCCUCAACCUGCAAAACGAGCCCGCGGAGCCUGAGGAGGAGGAGGAACCUGGGGAGCCGGAAGAGCUCGAGGUGCCGGAGGACGCCGACAAGCCAGGCCCGCGAGCGGCCUACACGAUCUCUGAGCCCCACGAAUGCUAUAAGCCAUAUCCACUCUCUGAAUCCGACGAACACUAUGAGCCCUGCGAACCCUCCGAGCCCCAUGCUCCCCAUACUCUCCGGGGACCCCGCGAACGGUACGAAUCCUAUGAACCCUACGAACCCUAUGAACCCUACGAAUUCUACAAGCCCCAUGCGUCCAGGGAGCCCCUCGAACCCUACGCCCUACGACCCCUAUGAAUCCUACCACCCCUAUGAGCUCCAUGCUCCCUGCGAGCCCCAGGAGCCCCGUGCACCCCGUGAGCUCCGCAAGUCCCAUGAAGCUGAGCUGCUUCCCAGCUCCGCCUUGAUCUCUCCAUCUCUGGUGAUCAGAUUCCUGCCACGGAUUCCCCGGUCUCCUCUGAGCGAUCCUGUUCCCUGUGAGUUUGUAAGGAAAUGUGUUUUUUCUAGGAAGAGAGUCCACGAUCUUUCUAAGCCUAAAAAACAAUGGGGAAUCCCAGAUAGAAAACUGUUUUGGGGAAAUCAAGAUCCUAUUCAUCCUGUUUGCCAUAGUGCUUUAACAACUUGGCCAACCAAAAGACUUGAGAACCUUGCCUGGCCCAAGGCAGUCUCCUGCAGAUAUAUACCUAACAGGUUAGCAUUGACUCAAUAUUACUACAGCUGUGGUAGAGAAUCUGUAAUCUGGGAUAUGCCUUCUCCUGUGCUGUUAAAAAAACCUUCCAAAAGGAUCCAGAAGCUAGCACAGCCCAACAGAUUCAAGAGAGUGCAUCUUCCAAAUGGAUCCUUCAGUGAUUACUUAACAAGAAGUCCUCUUCAAUUCUCUGGUCCGUCUCCCCGGAUAUUACGACUCUCACUAGCCAAAGCCAUACAUCCGAACUAUGUUCCUCCGAAAGGUACUGAAACCAAGAUUUCAAUUUCUGCCUUGAAUGCUGUCGCAAGUCCUAGAAUUGUAGACCUUGCCCAUCCAAGGAUCAAGAUAGAGGGUCUGUGCUAUGCAAGAGAAAGAAGUGAAAUGCCCAUCCGUCCUAUAUCCGAAGCUGCCUUGCAGGCCAAACCUAGCCCUCGAAUAAUAGCUCUAGCUAAGGCCAAGUCUCUUCAUGAAGAUUAUUUACCUCCCCGUGAUCCCUCCUGGCCAGUCUCUCAUGCUGCUAUCCAUUCCAGAGUAUCUCCCAGAAUUCAAGAACUAGCUAAUCCAACUACAAGGACUCCUGUGCAUAUUGUAUACUACGAUCCACAGGUCUUUAAAGUCAAGCCAGCUGCUUUGAAAUCACGAUGUUCUCAGAGGAUCCAGGAGUUGGCAGAACCUCUCAUACGUUAA